AUGACUGAGGAGGUGGCUAUCUGGACCUUGACAGCAACAGGCAGCAAUGGCAUGGUUAGGGCACUUGCAGCAAGCAACAGGGCAUUUGGUGUUUGGCUAAGCAAGCUUCCAGUUAAAUCAUUCAGCUAUAAGCCUUUCGGCAAUUCUAUAAUGGGGCGAGAACUAUGCAUUGCUGAGUUUGAAGUGAACAAGCCAUUGGUUGUUGCCACUAGCCAUCUUGAGAGUCCCUGCUUUGGUCCUCCAAAAUGGGAUCAGAUGUAUAGCAAGGAACGUGUAGAUCAGGCAAACCUUUCCCUCAACCUUCUUAAGAAAAACCCAAAUGUUAUUUUUUGUGGUGACAUGAACUGGGAUGACAAGUUAGAUGAGCAUUUUCCUUUGCCUCAUGGAUGGGUUGAUGCCUGGACAGAGCUAAGGCCUAGAGAAAAUGGAUGGACACAUGAUACAAAGUCGAACCAGAUGUUGUCUGGUAACCGGACACUGCAAAAGCGACUAGAUCGUUUUAAUUGUAGUCUACGAGAUUUCACGUGUAGUGAUAUUGAUAUGAUAGGAAUGGAGGAAAUUCCAGGUCUAUCAUACUGCAAAGAGAAAAAAAUGAAAACAGAGAUGCGGAACUUGGUCCUCCCUGUUUUGCCUAGUGAUCAUUAUGGCCUACUCUUAACACUUUCUAGCAAGCAAUGUUGA